AUGAUCUGGCUGAUCCACCGAUCGCACAUUCUCCAGCCAGGUUACGAUCACGGCUCUCGGGAAGGCACUCCCCGGAGCCACAAAAGGCACCGGCUAUUCCAGAGCGGCAUCAGAACUGUGAUCGCCGCCAACAGGUUGCGCAACACGCACGGAGUCGACGUCAAUGCAGAAAAUCCUGAUCUCGAGUCGCGGUUCAGUGACGAAGUGUCGGUCACGAUCGUCGACUACGGCGCUCGUCCUGACUCGCACUCCAUCCGCGAAUGUACCAGCGCCGAGUUCGCGACGUUCUUGAAGCGAAAGAGACCGGAGUGGUCAAAGGUUCGAUGGAUUAUCGUGAGUGGAAUCAACUACCAUGUAGUGAAGCUGCUGACGCAGCAGUUUGAUAUCCACCCACUGGCUGUGGAGGAUGUCUUGCACUCGUCGCAGAGGAUCAAGACAGAGUUUUACGAGUCGUUCGUGUACAUGGCAUUGAGAUCCAUACAACUUGUGCAGAAUGGCGAGGCCACUGGAGCAAGGCAUCCCAAAGUCUUGUCUGAGCAAGUCAACUUUUUCUUGUUCAAAGACACGUUCAUUUCGAUCUUCGAGUCACCUCCGAUCAACUUCACCGCCCCGAUCCUUGAUCGACUACAGCAUCACAACAUCCCAAUGCGCAAGUCCGAGGAUGUUUCGUUUGCUCUCUGCAGCGUACUGGACUCGGUCGUCGACCACUACUUUCCCGUCCUCGAUGCCUUCCAGGAGUAUAUAGCCGGCCUCGAGCAGAUCAUCAUUGUCAAGCCAAAUCCAAAGGUUACCAAGGACAUAUACUUUAUGACCAAGGAGGUCUCUCGGGUCAAGCGAAUGCUGCUGCCCAUCCGCGAUGCCGUGGAUGGCUUGAUCCGCGAGUUUGACUCGAUGUCCUUGCAUGGGCAUGUGUCAGGAAGUCAGCAUCCCAAGACUGGAGCCAACUUGGUGACGAACCUCACAAGAAUCUAUCUGCGCGAUGUCGAGGAUCACUUGACGAGAAUAUUUGCGAUCCUGGACACGAUCGAGGAAGAUGCCCGGGAGCUCAUUAACUAUAUCUUCAACAUGAUAUCAAACUCAACAAACGAGUCUAUGAAAACCCUCGCGAUCGUGUCGCUGAUAUUCCUGCCUCUGAGCUUUCUGAGCGGAUACUUUGGAAUGAACUUUGAGUACUUUGAUGCGAUUCACCUGCCUAAUGGUCUGGCUGUGUUCUGGGGCCUGUGCGGCACCGUUGUGGUGAUCAUGCUCGUGGUGCUGAGACUCGCCCACUAUUUCUGAGCCAGUAAAUAACAGGACAUCCUGGA